AUGGAUUCAGCGACCCCCACGAGGGCAAUUUCCUGUUCCAUCAUGGAGGAGGAGGAUGGGAGCAAGACCGUCUCCAUCCUGCCCCGCCCUGUUCUGAAUACACCGAAUGAUGAUGUUUUCGGCCCGUUGGAUUCUACCGGUGGCAGCCAGUCUGCCGGAUUCCAAUUCAUCUGGCCAGUUGUUGUGCAACCGAAUGACCAGCCCCCGGCACAAACGUCAACUGCCAUGUCGGUGCCUGCUACACCAGCCGUGGAGCCGCCAUCUGCCACCCAGAUUGGAGUCGGCAACCACGAAAGCCCGCCAGACAGCGGUAAUUUGCUCGACGCCCUCGAUUCUAACCAGCCGGUGGGCACCGCCAGAACAACAAAUGGCCUUCCUUGA